UUGGGUUAUAUAUAGGUGGGUGAGCUUAGGUGCUUAUAGGCUUUUGACAGAAAUCUUCUAAUUGGUAUAUACUUUCUACUUUCAAAAUAUUUAAGGUCUCAUCUCUCUCUCUCAAAUUAACACACAAAACAUAUAUAAACAGUCAAAUAUAAAUUAAUGGGAAGGCAGCCAUGUUGUGACAAGCUCAUGGUGAAGAAGGGGCCGUGGACGGCGGAGGAAGACAAGAAACUGAUAAACUUUAUCUUGACCAACGGCCACUGUUGCUGGAGGGCUUUGCCGAAGCUGGCCGGUCUCCGUCGCUGUGGGAAGAGCUGCCGUCUACGGUGGACCAAUUAUCUCCGACCUGACUUGAAGAGAGGUCUUCUCUCCGACGCCGAGGAACAGCUUGUCAUCGACCUUCAUGCUCUUCUCGGCAACAGAUGGUCCAAGAUCGCUGCAAGAUUACCAGGAAGAACAGACAACGAAAUAAAAAAUCAUUGGAAUACUCAUAUCAAGAAGAAGCUCCUUAAGAUGGAAAUCGAUCCUUCGACCCAUCAACCUUUAAACAAAGUAUUUACCGAUACAAACUUAGUCGAUAAAUCUGAAACUUCAUCGAAAGCCGACAAUGUAAAUGAUAAUAAAAUCGUAGAGAUCGAUGGGACAACGACAAAUACAAUAGAUGAUAGCAUUAUCACUCAUCAAAAUAGUUCAAAUGAUGAUUAUGAAUUACUUGGUGAUAUAAUUCAUAAUUAUGGAGAUUUAUUUAAUAUUCUAUGGACCAACGAUGAACCUCCUCUAGUCGAUGAUGCAUCAUGGAGCAAUCAUAACGUUGGUAUUGGAGGAACAGCUGCAGUUGCAGCCUCAGACAAGAACAACACUGCUGCCGAGGAAGAUUUCCCGGAAAGAUCAUUUGAAAAACAGAACGGCGAAAGUUGGAUGUUCUUGGAUUAUUGCCAAGAAUUUGGUGUUGAAGAUUUUGGGUUCGAGUGUUACCAUGGUUUUGGUCAAAGCUCCAUGAAGACGGGUCACAAGGACUAGCAUUUGCAAGAAUACAUAACAUAUAUACCGAUAUACUACAUAAUAUGUGUAUAUAAUUUAUACGUACGCAUCAUAAAAGUAAUGUAAGAAAAAUCAUGUAAAGCAGUAAAGAAGCACCAUGGUUUUUUCAAAGUCUAAUAUUAGGGGAACAGAAAAAGGAUCACUAGGAGUUAUAGUAAGAGUUAUUGACUUAUUUCCCUAUCUUUUAUGUCUGUUUCCUGCAUUUAUUUC